AUGACAUUGUCAGGGCUAUUAAGAGAACAAAAAGCUGAAAUUUCAGAGGCAAAGUGCAAUAAUCAAAAUGGCGUAAACAGAUUUGGUGAUAACUGCGGAUUUAUGUGUCAUUGCAACGGCAAUAUAGAGUGUGACGUAGUUACCGGUGACUGUUCAUCUGGAUGUGCACGUGGUUGGUAUGGACCCGGGUGUCAGUACAGGGAUAUCUUAGAGAACAAGUAUUCAAAAUUCUCAGAUACCAGUGACAGUCUGUUGAUAACUGACGGUGAUCCAAACACAUGUUCCCAGCAAGUUAAGAGAAGUAGAAAAAAUAAUCUGUUUUGGAGUGUGCGAUUAGAUUCUAAUGAAACAAUAAACGAAAUACAGAUUGUUACUACCGACAAAUCUUUAGCUUAUUUCAAGCAAUUUGAAGUUUUUGUUGAAUAUAUUCCAUCAUCAGGAAGCGAUGAAACUUUUAAACAAACGUGUUUCAGACAAGGUGUUGAUAUUCCAAAAUCAACAAUGUUUACAGUUUUAUGUGAUAAGCCUGUCAUUGGAAAUUAUGUAAAAAUUGAGUUUGCAGAAUUGCAAAACGAAUUAGUACUUUGUGAUGUGAAAAUAAACGGAGGUAGAAAUUUAGCAUUUAAGCGGACAGUUUCACAGGUAUCAAGGACACCAAGUUGUGGUCUUACAUUCUGCAAUGCUGAAGCGUCUGUCAACGGACUGACACGAGAAUCUAGUUAUUGGCAUUGUAGUUAUACAGCAACAGAAGAAAAUCCUUGGUGGAAAGUGGAUAUUGGUCAUCAAAUGAAAAUAUGGAGCGUUCAGAUAAUAUCUUUUAUAGAUACGUAUCAUAAAAACUUACCAUAUACUGUGGACAUAACAAAUGAUACUUAUGACCCUAUUUCAUACAACACAAACGAACUUUCACUUGAUACACAAACUGUUGCAUUAAAUUUGAUUGGCAAGUUUGUAACGAUAUCAAUAAACGGGGAAGGUAAAUUAGCAGUCUGUGAAGUUUCUGUUUUUGGAGAUUGUCCAGACAAUAGGUGUGGGUAUAAUUGCGAGAAAGAAUGUCAUUGUAAGCACGCAACUAUCUGGGAGAAAAUUUCUGGAAAUUGUUCAAUCAGCUGCAACAAAAAGGACAAAGAUGAUCAAUGUAAUACAAAUAUAGUUUGCGGUGAUGGUUAUUAUGGUCAGGACUGUUCUAAGAAGUGUAGUGACCAUUGUAAACUUGGGAAUAAAUCAUGCGAAAGCGUCAACGGACACUGUAAAAAGGGUUGCGAAAAUGGAUGGUUGAAACCUUUGUGUACGCAAGAAUGUCCACCUGGGAAGUAUGGAGCAGAAUGUAAGAAGAAUUGUUCCUCAGCUUGUAACCAGGGUGAUUGUAAUAAUGUCGAUGGCAAAUGCCUUUACGGAUGCGAGUCUGGUUACCAAGGAAAGAGGUGUAAAAACGCUUGUGAUCGUGGUUAUUUUGGUCAGAACUGUUUUAAGAAGUGCAAUGACCAUUGCAAAUACGGGAAUGAACACUGCAACAAUGUUGACGGAAACUGCACAUAUGGAUGCAUGGAUGGAUGGAAGGCACCAUUGUGUGACCAAGAGUGCCUAGCUGGAAAAUAUGGUGAAGGAUGUAAGAGAAAUUGUUCAGUAAAUUGCAAAACUGGUGUUUGCAAUCAUGUCAACGGCAAUUGUAGUGAAGGGUGCAACCCAGGUUAUCGAGGACAAAAGUGUGAAGAAAAGUGUAAUAACGGUUACUAUGGUGAUAAAUGCGCAAAUCAAUGCAAUACUCAUUGUAAAGAGGGGAACAAUAUAUGUAGACAUACAGAUGGAGUAUGUUUGAAUGGUUGCCAGGCCGGGUGGAAUGGUGAAACAUGUGAUUCAAAAUGUUUGCCUGGGAAGUUUGGUAUUGGAUGUAAGGAGAAUUGUCCUUCAAAUUGUAAACAUGAUGCCUGUGGGUAUGUUAAUGGCAAUUGUGAUAAAGGGUGCAACCCAGGUUUUCAAGGAAAGACCUGUAACGAAAACUGUACUAGCGGUACCUUUGGCGAUGACUGCGGCAAGAAAUGCAGUGAAUACUGUGUAGGUGGAGAUAAAAUGUGCAGACCUACAGAUGGGCAUUGUCUAAAUGGUUGCCAAUCGGGGUGGAAUGGGACAACCUGUUUCUCAGCUUGUGACAUUGGGUUUCAUGGUAACAACUGCGCGUUGGUUUGUGGGAACUGCCAGCUUGGAAACAGUUGCGACCACGUGACUGGCAUUUGUUACGGAGGCUGCAAACCGGGUUACAGUGGUGACACCUGUUUACUAGUUUCAGACAAGAUUUUAAGUGACACAAAACCAGAUACAGGAUGUCAUGAAACACCAAAGCUUAAAAUAGUUUUGAUAUGUGUCGGAAUCCUUUGUGUCAUUCUUGUUGUGUACGCUACAGUAAUAACGAUCUUGUUUAAACGUCAGAGGACGCAUAACGAAGAAGAUUGGAAUGAUAGAAGUUGCUGUGGAUGGAGCUAUGCAAAUAAAACGAAUAAAAAAGAAACAGUAACAACUGAAGCAGCACCAGAAGCAGCGAUUGAGCUUGCGAGAGUUAACAUAAAUGCCAUUGACUAUGAAUCUCAUCAAUAUACAGAUCUUACUCCUGAUACAGGAGAUGUCGAAGCAGCAUAUGAAACAAUUCAACUUGAAUGACCAUGACUAGAAAAAGUGUUACAUAACCUGUUUUUACAAGGUGUUUACUGUACUCUGAAAUCCAAUUAAUAAUUUGAUAUGACAAUGAUACAUCUUUUAUUGGGAAUUUGUCCUUUAAACUAUUAUAUGCGUUGCGUUAAAAAUUAUGUUAUAACAGCCACCAGGAUUGUUUAACACUCCACUACCAUUUACAACUGUCUUAGGAAGUGACGUAUCACGGAAUGUAAAGUAAUCUUGUAGGGCAAUCAAAAAUAUAAGAAACUUCAGGCUUAGAUUUAGCAGAUUAAAACUGUGUUGUAGAAACAAUCAGCUUUGGUGUGUACUUUCCUUAUGACCUCAAUCAAUGAUGACGUUUUAUAAUCAUAAGGGUUAAACAAACUACCUUUUUAUGCACAGGUAUAAUUACACAUUGACACCAUUUUUCUGGGAAUGCUCUGUAACUAACUUCGUUUAUUUCACCCUUAGAUAUUUAGCUAUUAAAGAGAAAGUUCUAAUUGUCAUCCUAAUAAUUCAUUCAUCUGAAUUAACAAACUUCACAAAUUGUAGCCUGUAAAUUUUCACCAAUACACCCAUCAAUAUCAGCUACAGAAAACAACUGUCUAUGGUGAUUGAACUUGUCUACUAUAUGGUGAAUGUCUGUAAAAUGUUUUUUUUAAAAUAUUCAUUUUCUUCCAACAUUCUUUGGAGUUAUAAAUGCUUUAAUCAAUAUCAGCUAUUAACUGUUUGUAUAUACAUAUAUUUUUGUCUACAUAUAUUUUAUAUGAAUGCUUAUUGUCAUGAUCAAUGUUUAAAUAAUGCAAACUUGGACAUUAUCUGAUU